CCCAGAGGCGCUUCCUGCAGCAGCCCGGGCGGCCGGAGCCCAGCGCCUCCCGACAGCCCCAGCUGCAACUUGUGAGCCGGCCGCCGCCGCCGCCCUCGCCUGUGGAGAGGCGCCGCCUCCAGCUCUUCGGAAAGUUGUCUCGGCUGCCGGACGGUCAGCCAGCCCAGUAGCACCAGAAGGUUGCUGAAGCAGGAGAUCUUGAUUGAUGCAUGCUUACCUCAACCUGACUUCUGGAAAAGAACAAGUUUUGCGCUGAAAGCCUGUCACUGGGAAACAGGACAAGCUUGGCCAAUAAAAGAUAUAUGAAGUGCACUGCUCAUUAGAGGUCAGAAGAGAAAUUGUGCUUGAAGCCUCAAGAGCUAUAUAGGAAUAAUUGGAUCGAGCAGCCUGGAGACCAUGGAGGGGGAUUGUCUGAGCUGCAUGAAGUACCUGAUGUUUGUUUUCAAUUUCUUCAUAUUUCUGGGAGGGGCCUGCCUGCUGGGUGUUGGGAUCUGGGUCAUUGUGGAUCCUACAGGAUUUCGAGAGAUUGUGGCUGCCAACCCUCUGCUCUUCACGGGGGCGUACAUCAUGCUGGCUAUGGGAGCGAUGCUCUUCCUGCUGGGCUUUCUCGGCUGCUGUGGUGCUGUCCGUGAGAACAAAUGCCUCCUGCUUUUUUUCUUCAUGUUUAUUUUGUUAAUCUUCCUGGCAGAGCUCUCAGCUGCAAUCCUGGCUUUUAUCUUCAGAGAAAAUCUGACCAGAGAAUUCUUCACCAAGGAGCUAAAGAAGCACUAUCAGGGGAACAAUGAGACCGAUGUCUUCUCUUCCACCUGGAACUCGGUUAUGAUCACAUUUGGCUGCUGUGGAGUGAAUGGGCCAGAAGAUUUUGAAACAGCUCCUCGUUUCCGACUCCUCCAUUCAGAUGAUGUGGUACCAGAAGCUUGUUGCCAGCGAGAGCUCCAGACCCGGGAUGGGGCAUUUGUCAGCAAGGAGGACUGCCUCAUGGGGAAAGACAUGUACCAGAACCGACAGGGCUGUUACACUGUGAUCCUGAACUCCUUCGAGACCUAUGUGUACCUUGCAGGAGCUCUCGCCAUUGGUGUUUUGGCCAUUGAGCUGUUUGCCAUGAUCUUUGCAAUGUGUCUCUUUCGAGGGAUCCAGUAGGAGGUACCCCCUGAGCAACUGCGAUGCUCCUAUGUACUUGGAAGAAAGACCGAAAAAAAGAGGGGGAAAAAACUUUAUUUUUUUUAGCAAAAUGGAAACAAAAAAGGGUUGUAAUAUAUGAAUGACCAAAUGGAUUGUACUUCAGGGGUGGGAACUUUGAGGUGCUGUGCACUAUACUACACCACACCCACCUUCUCCCAGAGCAACCUGCACAGACAUUGAUCAGGAGAGAAGUGCAAUGAAUUGCACUAGAGACUGACGGAGUGGGUGGGAGGGAAGGCGACUGAAAUGGUCCCCAUCAGAGCAAGACACUGCCUAGUAUAUUCACAAUUGUAUUGUUUUAGAUAGCGAAGAAAGAGAAGAACUAUAUAAUGCAACACAGGGGCUCGAUUCAGUACCCAAAGGAAGCAGGUCAACCACAGCAAACGGGUGUAAAGGUCAGGCAAGUUUCAAACGACCACACAAAAAGGGCUUUUGAUACACGGAAAACUGUGGCAGCAUUGUUUACUAAUUUCCAUUCUGGUCUAAAGUUUUAACUGCUAGCCAGGAAAUGGAAGCACAUGUUCAGUAGAGGGGGUCAACUACCAUCACUUAACACCUUCAGGAGAACCCUUGGACUACUUGGAGUGGGGCAUGCCUUUCCCUGGAGUCCCAUCAAAGGGAAUAUGACCCUGUGGGAAAUGAGGAAGAUCCUCCUUUAAUGGGGGCUGGCAGAGGGCUGAGAUGCAAUCAGAAAUUUGGUGCAUACCUUUCCUUAUUUACUCUGUCACUUUGGUUUUCUGUUCAGUGUUUUAUUGGUGAAGAGCAAGGGGUUUCCAAAUCCUGAUCUUAUCCCUCUCUCCGUUAAAAAUGAUUGGUCUGGCCAAGAAUAGCUGACGCUGCCAGCCUGAUGGCAAGGGCAUGUUGUUUUGUAUUCUAAAUCUUGGCCACUCAACUCCGACAUGCAAAAUUGUAGUUUGUACUUUUGUAGUGCUCUGUUAGCUUAAUUAUCUGCACUGGGUUCCAAUGUUCCGUCCAGCCAGAUGGGGAAUUCCCAAACAUGGUACUUGUAGCAAAGGGGCCCAUUUGUAGUUGUCUCCCACACUAUUUCCUUUGUGAGUCUUGUGGCUUCACUUAUGAUCUCAGAGUUUCCCUUUAGCUUGUCCCACGGGGCUGAGAAGAAAGAGUGUGGAAUCAACUAAAGUCAUUUUAAUGUAGCCUCCUGGAUUAUUAAGGCUUCCUCCAUUCAGAUGCCACUUUGACAUUUAAAUAGUGUCAUCCAUUUAAUCAUUUAAAACCAAACCUGAGAAAAAUAACUAAGGACCUUGAUCGAGGGUUACAAAGGAUAGAACUGAGGCUCCAAGACAGGUGGAGUAUUUACAGUGAUAGAAGUGGGCCCAUGUCCUCAGGGAUUUCCUAGGAGGGACCAUGCAGAUACGUGUGACUAUGUAGGUCAUGGUGAAGCCUACCAGGUCUGCCUACUAAUUGGCAAAGGACCUUGACUUAAUAUGCACCAGGGUGAAAAGUUAGGCUGCUGAAGGAUGAGAACAGGACAUUAGAACUUCACAUACAACAUUUCUGAGGACAUGUGGAAAUCGCUUGGAGACAGGAGUCUAAUCAUCAGAGAAAUCUGGGCAUGGGCAUGAAGAAAAUCUGUCACCACCCACAAAUGAAUUCAGCAGUGGAUAAAUGUUGGAAUUGGGGCUAUGGCUGUUGAACAGUGAAAGGCCUCAGAUGCUGUGUUAAAACAUUUAUUGAAAGGGCUUAUAGGUAAUUACCCCUAGGAGCUGUUUUAAUGAUGUAUUUGAGAGUAAAAUUCUGCUCCUUUGUACAAUGAGCUUUGCUAGCAAAACUGGCGGUAUCUGCACCUGCAGGAAGUGUCUAAUUUGUUCCUAAAACUUUGUUUGUUUUUUAAUCAGCUGCACUUAAUGGUCUAGCGUGCAAGUUGUUUUUCUGAGUGGUCAACCCACUAUGAGAAGUGUGUGCAUGGGGGGAACUGAACCAUAACAUUGUGCUAAUCCACUAAGAUGGGGACAGACCCAAUAAUUGAUGUUCCUCUCUAGAUACAGGUAGAUGAAGAGAAAAGGCUGAGACACCCUCCACCAAGAGAUAGUCACUGUGCACACUGGAGAAAGUGAUUCCCAAGGGAGGAAAAAAACUGAAAAGAGCACAGUUGUUAAAGUGUGUGGGGGGGGGGGAAGGGGAAUAAGUAGUAGCCAAAACAACCACCCAUUACUCCACUUAUAAUAGCCAGAGUCUGUAGCUGGCAAUAGAACCUGAGUAGCUAACAUCCAAAACACUAUAAACAGCAGGAAAGUCUGUUCUUGUCAGUUGGUGUCUGCAUCUCUUGCUGGGUGCCUAACAUAUGGCAGCUAGAAUUCUUGGUGUCUGGAGGAGCAACCCAUCUCCUUUGCUUUCAAAGUCCUCCCUUCGUCCCCUUAAUUUCUUGCUCUAUUGUGAAAGGUUCCCUUUGGCCCAGAUUGGGUCUUGAAAUUUAGCAGAUGAAGGGGAAGGCCCUGCCUGGCCUGGGGUUGUGUAAUUGAAACAAAAACCACAGCUCUCUGCUAACAGCACAAAGAAUAUGAUUCAAACCCGGAAAGGACAUCCUCUGGGUGUGCCUUUUCCAGAGUGGAGUC